AUGCUGUCUCAGGGCUCUACCUUUGAUGCCUGGCUGGCUUCCAGAGCUGUCCCAGGUUCAAAGGGCCUCCUGCUGACCCCCGGAGGUCGGAGGCAACUGUCGUUUCGGAAUGCCAUGCUCGCUUUCGAGAUUGCACAAGAGGCCGCACCCAAGGUCCUCAGAAUGGUCUGGGGACGCCACCGACUUCGCGCUGUCAUCUUGCUUUCUCUGAAUUUAGCCCGAGGUGUCUUCCCCGCGUUAAGGGGCUAUUCCCAGGCUCUAAUCAUUAAUGAGAUACAGACUGCCUUUUCUACUGGCCGUUUCGAUAUGAAACAGUUGCCUUGGCUCCUCGCAAGAGAGUUUACCCGAAUGACUUGCGAAAGCGCCUUGGAUUCGCUCAUUAAUUCAACAGAGCGAGUGGUCUACAAUUCGGCUCGUCUGGAAGUAGAGUAUAGACAAAUGCAGUUGCAGCUGCAGCUCGACAUUCCCACCCUCUCCGACCCUUUGGUGCGCGAUGUCGUGCACGAAUCUGAUCUUUUUGUCCGCUCCUUUGCCCAGUCUGGCGCCGGCGGAUUUGGGCUCUUAUCGCCCCUGGAUGUCGUGCGCCUACUGACUCUCAUCUGCGAGGUCGUUUCCCAUGUGUUCAUCAUAUAUUCUCUGGCACGGACGUCGCCGAGCCACUCAUUCAUCUUGCUGAUCACUGCGGUAAUUGUCUUGUUCCCCCACAUUGUCUCAUGGCUACGUAUGUGUUCUCGGCCUGACAAUGACGACGCGUACAACCCCCAAGAAGCGGCUGCGGCGGCGAAGCUGGAGAAGAUGCGGAAUCUGGCUUACAGCGAGACGCACCGACGGGAAAUCCUCGCAUGGGACUUGGCUCCGUGGAUAUUGCGCUGCUGGGACAAUGCUCGCAGGACUAUGCUCGGCCUGGAACAGAUGGACUCGGAUCUUUUCAAGGAGUUCAGCUUUGCGGCGCUCUUUGCACAAUUGCAGCUCAGCCUUGCCGACAUUCUGGCAGUCUCACAGAAUAUACCGUUGCUGCUAAUGCUGCAGAGCUCCGGAGGGUCCCUCGGCUCUGUGGCGUUAUACCGCAAUUCCGUUCAAGGGUUGGUUUAUACUAUUCGAGAGUUCCUCUCGACCUUCAGGAUGCUUGCACAGAGUGUGUUCCUGAUGGGAGCAUUCUCCGCCGCCAUGGAUAUCCGACCGCGGCUGAGGCCUGCAAAAUGUAUGCAAGUCCCAUAUCGCUCCCUCAAGAAGGGCAUGAGAAUCGAGGCAAGAAAUUUAUGCUACACGUACCCUGGAUGUGUGGAACCGGCUCUCAAAGGUGUCAGCUUCAAACUCGAGCCCGGCGAACGGCUGGCUAUAGUGGGGCACAAUGGAUCUGGUAAAUCGACACUUGCCCAAAUCCUCACCCGUAUCCUCGACUUCGACUCGGGCGAGCUGCUCGUGAAUGAUGUGGAUAUCCGACGCUACUGUCCAAACGAGUACCACCGCCACAUAUCCAGUAUAUUCCAGGGCUUUUCCAAAUUUAACGCGUCUGUCGCGAAGAACGUCGGGGUAGGUUACAUAGGGAAUGUCGAUAAUCACGGGGAGAUUCACCGAGCGGUCAAAAUGGCCGGCGCGAGCCAUAUUGUUGACUCUCUACCCCGAGGGUUGAAGACGAGACUUGAUGCGAGCGGGUCGGACUCGGCUUAUCCGCAGUUGUCGGGGUGGCAGGCGUACCCUUCAUCAAAGAUGAAUCACGGACUAUCCGGAGGAGAGUGGCAGCAUAUCGCAUUGUCUAGAGCGUUCAUGAGAGCGGACCGGCCGGAGGUUAACCUGCUUGUGUUAGAUGAACCAACAUCCUCCCUGGAUGCUCACGCGCAAAACAGGACUUUCGACGCUGUGGAGAAGAUCUCCUCUGGUCCUCAUGGGCGGACGAAAACCGUUAUUUUCAUCACGCACCGGCUAUGCACGGCCCGCAGGGCAGAUAAAAUAGCUUACAUGCAGAAUGGGACUAUUGUAGAGUUUGGCACUCACCAAGAACUUUUAGACCGAAAAGGUGCCUACGCCGCCCUCCACUACGCAUCGAUCUAG